GGUAACAAGGAGGUGGCCAUGGAGCUUUAUCGGCGCGGCAUCUCGGAGCUGGAUUCUGGCAUCGCCAUUGACUGUAUGGGUCGGGGGGAGGCCUAUGAGAGGGCCCAGAGAUUACAAGACAAGAUGAGAACGAAUCUUAUUAUGGCCAAGGAGAGGCUCGACAUGUUAGAUUCGCUGGUUCACCUGCAGCAGCUGGAGCUGGAUGUGCCCUUCCUCACCACCCUCACUCCCCCAGCCUCCCCUGCCCCUCGCAUCACCCAUACCCCCCCUCGCUUUGGUGCGGGGGUUAAGGCAACUGCCAAUAGGGGAUUCACAAAUCAAUCAUCUGCUCACACAAACAAACCCCGGGCUCGUGUAGCCCCACAGGUUAUGAGUCUCACAGAUUCAGGGCGAAACUCUUCAGAUCGGCGAUAUGGGCCCACUCACUCUCAAAAGCCUUCUGAAGAUGCCAAGACUUUUAAGAAGAUUCCAACACCCAAACGCAUGUCUACUUUGAGCAAUAAAAGUCAGACACUUCCACGUAACAUGGGAUCCAGAGCAGUCUCCAAGGCUAGGGAGGGAAGACAUCCAGGUACCCCACCAAGUGUCAGACGUCAGCUGUCAAACCAGAAUGGUGGUAUGCCAUUGGGUUCGCCUUUGAAACGUCGUGGUUCAGCAGGUUCUGGCCUUACUGGCAAUGGAGGUAAUGGAACACCAAAGCACACACCCACUCAUAGACGAUCUGCUUCAGCAUCCAUGAAAGGAGUUGAUACCAAGUUAGCUCAUGGCAUUAUGGAUGAAAUUAUAGAUUCCUCACCUCCUGUAACAUGGGAUGACAUUGCCGGACAACAAAUUGCAAAAAAAGCACUACACGAGAUUGUUAUAUUGCCUUCACUGAGGCCAGAGCUCUUCACUGGUCUCCGUGCUCCAGCAAGAGGAUUGCUACUCUUUGGUCCUCCAGGUAAUGGCAAAACCAUGUUAGCUCGAGCAGUAGCAAGUGAAAGUUCAGCUACAUUUUUCAAUAUUAGUGCAUCUACACUGACCAGUAAAUAUGUUGGUGAAGGGGAGAAGCUGGUUAAAGCGCUAUUUUCAGUAGCACGAGAACUUCAGCCAGCAAUUAUCUUCAUAGAUGAAAUUGAUUCCUUACUUUGUGAGAGAAGAGAAGGAGAGCAUGAAGCCUCAAGAAGAUUGAAAACAGAAUUCCUUGUUGAAUUUGAUGGACUUAAAUCAGAUCCUGAUGAGAGAAUUCUUAUCAUGGGUGCAACAAACAGACCACAGGAGCUGGAUGAUGCUGCACUCAGACGAUUCAGCAAGCGUGUGUAUGUGUCACAGCCUGAUAAGAACACCCGCUGUUUGCUAAUAAAUCAUCUAAUAACUAAGCAGAAGUCAGAAUUAAGUACUCGGGACCUGGAGGUAUUGGCCGGCCUUACUGAGGGAUACUCAGGCUCUGACCUUACAUCCCUGGCCAAGGAUGCAGCUCUAGCACCAAUCAGAGAAUUGAACCCAGAGCAGGUGGUAACAUGUGACCCAUCUGAAGUUCGAGGCAUCACACUCACAGAUUUUAAGGAAUCAUUGAAAAAGAUACGGAGAUCAGUUCCGCAGUCUACAAUUUCUACUUAUGAAAAAUGGAAUGCAGAAUAUGGAGAUAUAUCUACAUAAAUAUUUUUAAUUCACUUUUGUGAUAAUCAUUUUGGUCCAAUCCAUUUUUAUUUUGUUUUUUGUUUUAAUGAUGACCAACAUACGUGAUAUUUGCUUUCAUGUCAAUAAAGAUAUUUAAUAUACUCUUUGCACAAAAUCUUAUGCUCAUUGUUGUAGAUAAUAUACCCAUUGUAACAUAAAUCAUACAGGUAGGCAAUUGAAUUGAUAACUUGGGGCUUUAACACUCAUCAGCAACUGUUCUCUCUAAGGGUAAGCUCUCUGUCCUUCACAUGUUGCCCUUUUUAUUGUGCUAUAUCAGAAUAUACUUUGCUGAUAUUGAUGGAGAAAAUGUAUGCCAAUCACGCUAAAUGUCUUCAAGAAAAUGAAUCACAUUAUUAUGUUCAGGAAUGGCUUAGCUUUGUGGUGAGCUAAUUUGAUAUAGAUGUUCUUGUGGGUAGCCAGUUUGAUGUUGACAAAAUCUCAUGGCAACAUCCAGAGAGUAGAUGCUAGUGUCUAUUGUUUCUAGGAUUGGAAGCUUUUAUUGCGCUAUAAUUUAUAUUUAUUUGUUCAUUUGGUUUUGUAGCAAUUUUUUUAUUAGAUGUUAGAAUUAAUAUUCAUGUUUUUAUUGAUUUCUUGCACUCAUUUAAUGAUUUACAGUACAGAAAUCAUGAAAAGAUUAUGAUUUAGGACUUAUUAACACCAGCUUAGCCUGUAGAAAAACUAAUCGUCUUCAAGCUUCUUAGUCAUUGGCAUGGAAAAAUCUACUUAAGUCUCCAAUAGUGAUAAAUUCCUGGAAGGUUAUUUAUAGUGUAGCAAUAAAGUUUAUUCUGCAAAGUACACAAAAUGGUUUAUAAAAAAGUAUUAGUCUGAUUUUAUUUUCAAAAUAUUUUAGAUCAAUACUGUAAUUUAAAGGUUGUGCAACAAGACUUAAUAUUGGUAAAAAUUCUUGGGUCGGAUUUUAGAUAGGGAGCUUAGGUCUCCUAAGACAAAAGUGGUAGAGACCUAAGAAUGGUGCCUGAGAAGCAAGAAGAAUUAUUCUCUAUUGGAAACUACUUUGGGGACAUACACAGAGAAGUGAGAGAUGAGGCUUUUCCUUGGCAGUGACUACAUAUGAUAGUAAUUUUUUAUUUUUAGGAAAACUGGUUUACUUCAAGAGCAUUUCAAGUUGGCUGAGUUUAGCAUCCUUAAAAGAACUUUGUAUACAAUAAUACAAUUUACUAUUUUGGUUGCUUAAGUCUGCCUUCAACAAGUUUUCUUUGAACUUAUAAGUAAACACUUUACUCACAAUCUUCAUUUAAGUGUAGGAAAGGCAACAUGACAUAGAUAGAUAGUUACCAUGACCAAAUUCUGUUCUGACAGGAUAGGAUAGUGUACAUGUCAAAUAAUAUUUGAAAGAAAUAUUUUAGUUUGCAUGACUCGAGGAACAUUUGUUGCAUCAGAAUAUAUGAAAAGUUUAAUGAUUGCUUUGAGUGCACGUACCCUUUGUAGUGUUCAAGGUAAUGUAAAGUAGGAGAGUAAAUUUUUCCUUCGUAGCAAAUUUAAUGUACAUUCUGUUGAAAGAGAGCUUUAAACUCACCUGAUAACUUUUUAUAUAAUCUUUUUGAUAACAUAUGUACUUGAUAAUAAAGUGAGUACUGUACAUCAAAAACCUGAUGAUCCACAUCGACAGUGGAGUUGAAUAAACAAGAUGCUGUAUUUUUGAAAGUUAGUGUUUUGCAAGUACAGUAAUUUGUAUUGUCAUUGAUUUUAAGAAUUUGCCUGUUUUUACAGAUGGCAUAAAUCAUCCUUCUUUUCAAUUGCAAAAUCAUUUGCUAACAUUUAUGUAUAUAUUAUACAACCUGUAUCAGGAUUUUUUUUUCAAGUUACUCUUCAUACUCAAGUAUACCAGCACAGCAUUUUUUUUUUUUUUUUUCAAAAUUAAUUCCUCAUGGGCUUUUUGCUUCAGAUUAAUGUGUGUACUAGCUAAAAAAAAUUAGACCAGAUAUAAAGCAUUGUAGCUCAA